AUGUUUUGUCCAAAACAUUCAAAUGAUCAUCGAAAUGAAUUGAGUAAACAAUUAGAAGAAAUUGUUGUAGCACAUGAUCUUAUACAACAAACUCUUAUUCAACAAAUCGAAGAUCCUCAACAACAUCCUCUAUUAAAGAAAAUUAAUCAAUGGGAACAAGAAUCUAUCGUCAAAAUUCGUCAAGCAGCAGAAGAUGCUAGAAAUAAAUUACUCAAAACUACUAUUGAACAUACAACUAAUAUUAAACAAAAACUAAAAAAUUUAUCUAAUGAAUUACGACAAGGUCAAGAAGAUAAUGACUUUAUUGAGACUGAUCUACAACAAUGGACCCAAAAAUUAGAAGAACUAAAAAAAAGAACUUCAUAA